AAAGGAGAAGAAACGUUUCGUAUUUAGAAAAUUGAUUUCGAGCACUAAUUUAUCCCGUGUUAAUAACUCUUCCAAUUACCAUUACAGCAGCUGGUUUGAUGGGAUUAAACCUCUAAAUCUCGUUACGGACCAAUUUCUCAUAUUGCAUUUGAUGCCUUUUCUAUCAGACAGGUGCAGAGUCUGAGAUCUUGGAAAUAAGAAAAGCUGAGGGAUCAGAAAUGAUAAGAUCUGUGACGCCGUGUCCUGAUCUGAGCACAGAGUCUCAGGGUUUAGUCCUCUGGCCUCACAGCGGUUUCACCUGGACUUCAUUUAGGGCGUCAUGGACAGCAACAGCACCGCGUGGAGCUCUAGCUCUCAUCCUCCGUACAACCACGCCGAGAUGGCGACGGUGGCUCCCACCAUCUUCCCUCGGGUUGGUUUCAGCAUACUUUCCUUCCUCAUGUUCAUCAAUACAGUGUUGACAGUUUUCAACAACGGCCUCGUCAUCACCGUGAUGCUGAGGAACCCGUCUCUGCUCCACCCGAUGAACGUCUUCAUCCUCAGCCUGGCCGUGUCUGACCUCAUGAUAGGCCUGUGCGGCUCCUUGGUCGUCACCAUCACCAACUACAAAGGCCAUUUCUUCAUUGGCCACACGGCCUGUGUGUUUCAAGGAUUUGCAGUCAAUUACUUUGGUUUGGUUUCUCUCUGCACUCUGACCCUGCUCGCCUACGAGCGCUACAUCGUGGUGUGUAAACCAAGAGCUGGUUUUAAGCUGAGCAUGCGGAGAAGCGUCAACGGACUCGUAUGCGUGUGGGUCUACUGCUUGUUUUGGGCCGUGGCUCCGCUGUUUGGCUGGAGCUCCUACGGACCCGAGGGAGUCCAGACCUCCUGCUCUCUGGCCUGGGAGGAAAGAUCGUGGAGCAACUACAGCUAUCUCAUCCUCUACACCCUCCUCUGCUUCAUUUUCCCCGUCACAGUCAUCAUCUACUGUUACUCCAAAGUGCUCAAAUCCAUGGAUAAGCUGAACAGGAGUGUGGAGCUCCAGGGUGGGCGUUCCCGCCACUUGGAGAACGAUCACGCCAUCAAUAUGAUCCUGGCCAUGAUUGUAUCUUUUUUUGUUUGCUGGCUGCCCUACACGGCGCUGUCAGUGGUCGUGGUUGUGGACCCUGAGCUCUACAUCCCUCCGCUGCUUGCAACCAUGCCCAUGUACUUUGCCAAGACCAGCCCUGUCUAUAAUCCCAUCAUCUACUUCCUCUCCAACAAACAGUUCCGCGAUUCCACCCUGGAGGUGCUGUCGUGUGGACGAUACAUUCCCCAUGGACCCACUAGUGUCAGCAUCAACAUGCAUACCUUGAACAGGAGGAGCCAUGUGAUCCCCUUAAACAGGAACAUCAGCAUGCAAUGCAGGGUUUUGCCUCUGUGACUGUCUCCGCUGUCGAAUGUCGGUGCCUCACCGUGGACACAGACCUGCACAUCCACAGGCUCGUGUCUCACACAGACGUCUUCACUGUGUCAACGAGCACAGAG